AUACAAAGCAUAGCCUGUUCUACAACAUCGCAAAUUUUCUCGUACGCGAUUAUAUCGAAUUCGAAUUAAGCUUCAGGCUGAGACGUUGGGCCCAAAAGCACCUCCUGCUUCUGGAACCGCAUAGACGCACAUGUGAACUGCCCAUGAAGGACUCCAUACUUCGAAUAUCUUGCCAUGUCACCCGUAGCAUCGAACAGCAGUUUUCACGAUGAAAGCAUUCCUCAAGGGGCGCCGCAUCACUCAAGUCACCUAGAAAUCAUUGUUCUCUUCGAACGCCUAGGUGCGGCUCUCUCUUUGGUCGGAGUUAUCUCUAUAUUCGUGGCUUUCGCUGUGUUCAAGCGACUUCGAACCGUCCCCAACACCUUCAUCAUCUUCGCAUCUGUUGCCAACUUAGGGGCCAGUAUCGCCUGCUUGAUAGGGUACUCGGGUCUCCUCGCCGGCCCUUCUAGCCGUCUAUGUCAAGCACAGGCCUUCAUGUUCGAACUAUUUAUGCAAUCAGAUCCAUGGUGGUCCUUUGCAAUGGCUGUCAAUGUGUACAUGGUGUUCUUCUUUUCAGCAAAUCCCAACAAUUUCUUACGGUAUUGGUAUGCCUACUUCAUUGUUUGCUACGGCAUACCAUUUAUCCCGGCCCUGUGGCUGCUCUUGGUCCGCGAUGGGAAUGGCGGAAAUGUGUAUGGUGAUGCUACGAUAUGGUGCUGGAUAGAUAAAGAUUGGUCCGACCUACGUAUCUACACAUACUACCUGCCAAUAUGGGUAUGCAUUGUCUUGUCGACGUUUAUAUAUAUAGCAGUUGGAUAUUAUGUCUUUCAGCAACGUAACCAACUUCGAAAUCUUUCGUUGAGCAACCCGACGCGCGACUCACCCCAAGCUCGGGAUUCUGGAGAGAAGAAUCUUUUCGCGGAUGCAGCAGUCAUGGGCACCAUCAAUCGCGAGGUUCUUCAGGUGACGACGAUAAACACUGAGAGCGAACGAGUCGCACGACCUCUUUCAGGAACAGCCCCCCUCAACUGGUUUAAGGGCUCAGUCGAGGAACAGUCCAACUUGGACCGGCAGGCAAGUGUCUCAACUCCAGCACCGAUAGCCAUGACGACAACGUGUAUCUCGGCCGAACCACGCGCAAAGAAAUCUGUAUGGGGACAUAUGCGAGCUGGAUUUGACAAGUGGUGCAGCAAGUUCAGUCACAUGGAUCCCGUGAAGCUAGCGUAUCUACGCACUUCUUUUGUGUUCGCCGUUAGCGUGCUCAUCACUUGGACUCCAAGCAGCAUCAAUCGCGUGCACGACAUCGUUAACCCAAACGACUUCAAUUAUCCGCUCAACCUCGCAAGCGCCAUUGUGCUACCCCUUCAGGGCCUCUGGAACGCCGUCAUAUUCUUCUCGACCAGCUGGCCGUCAUUGAGGCAGGAAGUACGCGCUAUGCUAGCUCAAUUUAGAGGCGUCCCAAAGGGACAAAACACGGCUGAUGCCGUUCGUGUUGAGCGUGAACGGGUCAUCGAGUUAGAAAGAAGGGUCACUCGUCAACGAGAUGAUUCGAAUAGCGAGAUCAGUGUCACCACGACUAUUGGCCUUGGUGGCGAUGAUCAAAGAAUAAUAGCAUGAGAUGCGUAAGAGCCUUCACAACAAGUCUUUAGAAGCGGGAUGAGCCAACUUGUUAGCUGGAACUUAUUAGUCCGUCUGUCUGUCUGUUUUGUCCUUAGAGAUUGAAUAUGGCCAAGGUGCUGCGCGGUAGUAAUAUCCUGUUGUUUCGCAGUCACUUCUAGCCUACAAUUUAUAAUUCUCUCUGUUUGCAGUAGCAAAACUACAUGAUUCAAC